AUUCAGAAGUAGGUGUAGCAGGUAGUAGCGUGCGGUGAUGUGGUGGUUAAUAUCGUAUUUGAACAGCUCGAAUCUGGUUGCUACAUUCCAGCAGGCAUGCGGUUUGUAUCCGGCGCCAGAAACCACUGAAACGGGACAAGUACGGGAGCAUGAGCCCAGUAACUUGACCGCCUCGAAGGUUCACCACCGAAAAGGAGAUUUGGUCGCGAACGGGAGAUCGCUGUCACAGGACGAUAACUCAAACUACAACCACACCGCAGAUGACUGCAAAAUUAACCAUGCCAGUACUCAGUAUGAGGUGAGAAACUGGCCUCUCUACUUCCUGUUUGUGGUGUCCGCAGCACUGGGAAGUGAAGUUUUUUACAUUUCCUUCCUGCCCUGUAUCCACUGGAACUUGGAUCCGUUCCUGUGCCGACGCCUUGUCAACAUGUGGGCUGUGGUGAUGUAUAUAGGGCAGGUAAUGAAGGACAUUUUGAAGUUGCCUCGGCCAACAGUGCCCCCUGUGGUUAAAUUGGAGCAGCGCGUGCAUGCAGAAUAUGGAAUGCCCUCCACCCAUGCGAUGGGAGCUAUUGCGAUAUCAUUCACACUGCUGUUCAGUGCUCAAGAGAGAGUUCAGUUCACGUUCGAGGUGGGUUUAGUCCUGGCUGUGGUUCUGUCAGGUCUGGUGUGUCUCAGUCGCCUCUACACGGGCAUGCACUCCGCACUGGAUGUUAUCUGUGGAAUUCUUAUAUCUGCACUCAUUCUGGGAAUAAUUUAUCCACACUGGAGCAUUCUGGACUCACUACAACUCAAUAGCCCCCUCUCCCCUGCUGUAGCAUUGGCUCUUCCCCUCUAUCUGUGCUACAAAUACCCUGAGCUAGACCAUUACAGCACUACACGAGGGGACACUACCAUCAUCAUGGCUGUGAGUGCAGGCUGCUCAGUGGGUUACUGGGUGAAUCACCAACUAGGUCAGACCUUCGAACCCACAGGACCCUUUCCGGUGACCCUGCCGCCUAUGAACGCUGUGACCUUUGCACUUGGUGUCACACGGUUUGGGGUGGGUCUGGCCAUCCUGGUCCUUACACGACAGACAGCGAAGUGGGUUAGUCUGCGGCUGCUCUGUCGUUGCUAUGGAGUAGCACAUAGCGACAUUGUUGCCCGUCAGCGGAAGGAGAUCGAAGUUCCAUACAAGUUCAGCACGUACUUGGUCAUUGGACUGGUAAACAGCAUGGCCGUCUGCCGAGUGUUCUCACUCGUGAGACUGCUGUGACUCCAAGCCCACGUUACAGUGAUGUGACGAUAUCCAUGUGGGACAUGGCUCAUGAUGUCAUUAAGCUGAGACACAUUCAAAUGUUUACAUAGUCUUGCUGCGCUGUACAGAGGAACUCCAUAUGAAAUUCAAGUUAUUUAUUCACGUCCGUGGCAUGCUAGAACUACCAUUACAGUUAAGAUAUGACUAGAUGGAAAGAAACCGAUUUAUUUUCCUAGUAAGAUGGAGUCAGCUCUUAUUUUACAUCUCACACAUAUAAACUGUUUAACAUAUAACUUGUGUAACACAUAACCCGUUGUAAAUAUAUCGUUUUGCAGGAAUUAGCAGAAUUUUGCUCUUCUGUGAAGUCGUCACAAAGGAAAAGUAGCAUCAGAAUCACAACUUUAACAGAAAGCCUGCUCUUGCAGCUCCUCUGCCUUUUAUAAAAAUUUAUUUUUUUGGAUUUAAAAUGUCUUGUUACUCUAGUUGACAAGAAUUAAUAAAAAAGGAAACAAAA